AAAAAAAAAACCGAUGGACGACGAAGGGCCGAGCAACAGAUCGGAGAAGGGCUCCGGCCGGGAGAAAGACGCCGGAGAAAUCAAGUACAGGGGCGUAAGGAAGCGGCCGUGGGGGAAGUACGCGGCGGAGAUACGCGACACCGGGCGGCAAGGCGCCCGCGUCUGGCUGGGGACGUUCGGCACGGCGGAGGAGGCGGCGAGGGCAUACGACAGGGCGGCGUACUCCAUGAAAGGCCAUCUGGCGAUCCUUAACUUCCCCGAGGAGUACAACUUGCCCAGCAGCUCCUCCCAUUUCUCCACGCCGGGUGAUCACAUGCACGGCGGCGGCGGCGGCGGGAGGGAGGUUUUUGAGUUCGAGUACUACGACGAUAAGUUGUUGGAAGAACUACUUGACGAUAAACAAAUGGAAUUCAAUUUCUCCUCCGAUAAUUCCUCCUUCAAUUCGUCGGAAUCAUCAUUCCGACCGUCACGGGAAUGGGAUUCCCUUCCUUUUAACGAGGACGAUUCGCAAGAAAUGCUCCUUUUCGGGGUCUUGGCGGAGGGAGAAAACCUACAACAACCCAAGGAAAACGACGAAGUGAAUUCCUCCUCGCCGGAAGAGACUAAGUCGUACCGCGGCGUGAGGCGGCGGCCGUGGGGGAAGUUCGCGGCGGAGAUAAGGGAUUCCACUCGAAACGGCGUAAGGGUGUGGCUGGGGACUUUCGACACGGCCGAGGCCGCCGCUCUAGCGUACGACCAAGCCGCCUUCGCUAUGCGGGGACAGGCAGCGGUCCUCAACUUUCCGGUGGAGAGGGUGCGGGAGUCUCUGAGGGAGAUAAGGGAUUGCAUUAAUGAGGAGGAGGGGUGUUCGCCGGUGAUGGCUUUGAAGAGAAAACAUUCCAUGAGGCGGCGGAGCUCCGGCGGUAGGAAGGGGAAAGUGGCGGAGGAUGUGGUGGUGUUUCAAGACUUGGGUGCUGAUUACUUGGAAGAGCUUUUGAGUUGUUCCGCUGUGAAAAGCUAG